CAUGUGAACAAACGCUCGGAGCCAGGGUUAUAAUAGGCUGUCAGCUGACUUACUUCUUGCAGAAAAGCGGCGACUCUUGGAAGAGUGCUUGGAAGACGGGUAGAGAUGGAACUAGUAAGUGUCCAGCCGAUUGUGCACACCACCAGCUGCAACGAUGAGAACUUCGAUGGCAUAGUUCUGGUGGCCCCGGGUUUUGAGAAGCUGCCCAGUGAGCUGGAAUGUCUUCAGGCACCACUGCAGGACUACAGCUCUGUGGACAGUGCUUUCAAUGAGGAGGUGGUGCUGGUGAAGGCGCCAGGCCUCCCGGGAAACCGAUUGGUCUACGCCUCCACCGGGCCUGUCAAUCGGGACUAUGAUGAUGUCAGGAGGUUCAGCGACGCUGCUGGCAACGGGAUCAGAAGGGCAUUGAAAGCUGGUAUGCAGCGCCCUCUGCUGGUGUGUCCCCCUCACCGCAGCUAUGAAAACGGACCCCUGGUGGCUGCUCUCGGUGCGCUGCAUGCACUGUACAUGCCUCUUGAGGUUCGCGAAGCUGCGCUGAAGCCAUCCCCGCACAAGGUGGCAGUGUUGGGCCUGUGGGCGAAGAAGGAUGAAGAGGGGGAGAAGCUUGUCCAUCUGGCCAAUGCGCUUGAGGCUGGCAGGCUGGUGUGCCGGGACAUCGGUGGGUCUGACCCCGAGCGCAUGGCCGCGCCCCGCGUGGCCGAAUACGUGCAGGCCGUCUUCGAGGGGAGCCCCGUGCAGGUCAGCGUAAUGAGUGACCUCAAGACCCUGGAGAAGGAGUACCCCUGUCUGGCCGCCGUCAACCGCUGUGCCAACGUUGUGCCUCGUCACCAGGGUAGGGUGAUCAAUCUGGUGUACUCUGGGGAGGGACCCAUUAAGCGCACGCUGAUGCUGGUGGGCAAGGGCAUCACCUACGACACUGGCGGAGCCGACAUCAAGGCCGGGGGCGUCAUGGCCGGCAUGCACAGGGACAAGUGCGGCGCCGCGGCCGUGGCGGGCUUCUUCCAGGUCCUGGCUGAACUGCAGCCCAAGCACCUCAAGGUCAUAGGUACCAUGGCGAUGGUGCGGAACAGCGUUGGGUCAGACUGCUACGUGGCGGACGAGCUGGUGGUGUCACGGGCCGGGCGCCGGGUGCGAGUGGGGAACACGGAUGCGGAGGGGCGUAUGGUGAUGACCGACCUGCUGUGCGAGAUGAAGGAGAAGGCAGAGAAUGAGGUGUCUCCGCACCUGUUCACCAUCGCCACGCUGACUGGACAUGCCGUCCGAGCCAUGGGCCCCAGCUACUCCAUCAUCCUGGAUAAUGGACCUGCUCACCAGGAGGACAACGCCCUCCAGUGGCAGAAGGCGGGGGAGGAGCUGGGUGAUGUGUUCGAGGUGUCCACGAUUCGUCGGGAGGACUACGAUUUCCACCGCGGCAAAUCCGAGUACGAGGAGAUCCUGCAGUGCAACAACCUGCCGUCCAGCGCGACUCCGCGCGGACACCAGACCCCCGCUGCCUUCCUCAUCAUGUCUUCUGGGCUGGACAAGCAUGGUGUGGACUCUGAGGAGCCCCUGCCCUACUCCCACAUUGACAUCGCUGGUUCCUCCGGCCCCUUCCCUGGUGUGCCCACUGGCGCCCCCAUCCUCGCCAUGGUGUCCCGCUACAUCCUGCCAGGCCCAUGAAGGCUUCCUGCUUUCAUCCACCCUCUAACAAAGUGUUUUUUUGUCAAGACAAAAAACAUAAAAAUAAAAUGUAAUCCAUCCUUUUACUAAUCUGUUAGUUUCUGGGUACUCCUUUCAGCUUAAACAGAACUGUGGUAAAGGGUCAUGCUUUGCAUGUAAUGCCUCUGUAUGAAAGCUUUUUUUUUCUAAAUGAGAACAUAAAAUUGAUUUCCAGCAUUUGC